AUGGAAAAAACUUAUUUUCCUCAAUCUUGUAUAAGCACUGCUAAUGCCAAGAUACUUGAUUCAGGGACAUGGAAGUUUAUUAUUCAAUCCAGAGAUCUUGUCUCUCCCUAUCUACAGUGGUCUGAUGCUACUACAAACUGGAAAUGGAUAAGUAAUUCUACAGCAGGGUUCACAUUUAGUUCAGCUUGGAAUAUAUGCAGAUCUUUACACCCUCAGACUCAAUUUUAUGAUAUAUUAUGGCACCCCAAAAAUUGCCCCAAGUUCUCUCACUGCCUCUACAAGGCUUUAAUUAACAGAUUGCCGACAAGAGAGCGCUUAUGCAAGAUUGGCAUUAUUCAGGAGUCAUCUUGUAUUCUUUGCAAGCAAGAUGUUGAGACCACCAAACAUCUCUUCUUCGAAUGUGAAUUUUCUAAGUACAUUUGGUCUUUAUCCAGGCUGAAGAUUGGAAUAAACAGCCCUCAAAUGGGUUCAAUCUGCGAAGAGGCUCUGUUGAUCCAGCAAAGAUUUAAGGGUAAAAGUUGUGUCUAUACCUUACCUAGAUUAGUUCUUGCAGGAGCUACCUGGCACAUCUGGCAGGAGCGGAACAGAAGGGUUUUCCAUCAUCAAGAACUUAGUAAGAUUAUGGUUUUUAGACGGCUUUAUGAGGACAUCCUCGUGCUUAUGAGGACAUGCCAGCGGAAGAUAGGUAAUGACAGAGAGAAGGCUAUCAUUAUGAGUAACUGGAGCUGA